AUGAUUCCCAGAGGUCUCACCUCCGCCUUCGGGACCCCGUCCCUCGAGAUCGGCCAGAUCCUCCUCGGAAACGCCAGCCGCUACACAAUUCAAAAGAAGAUCCGUGAAGGUGUCUGGAUCGCUACGAACCCUAUGGGCAACAAGUCUAUUGUCAAGGGCGUUCAAGGCAUCUCGGGUGCUCAGAACGAGCACAAUGUCCUUCGCAAGUUUCAAGGCAACCCCUUCCUUCGCCCUGUCAUCGACGAGAUCCAGCAGGACGCCCCGAUGAUCGUCCUCCGCCACAUGGACGACCAUCUCCUGAACGCGACCAUCCAGAAGCCUCUGACCAACCGUGAAAUCCGCUUUGUCGCUCGCGCCGUCCUCCGUGGACUGUCCACUCUCCACAGGGACGGCUACAUCCACACCGAUAUCAAGCCCGACAACAUCCUCGUUAACUACGCCUCAGCCUCCGAGGCAGACCCUGACCUGCGAUUCUCCGAUGUCCAGAUUGGCGACUUGGGUGCUUCGUACUCUACUGACUCGGACGUUGCCACCAAGGGUUUCUUGAUCGGUGCUCCCAUCUGGACGAGCCCUGAGGUACUUAUGGAGGUUCCCUGGGGAACUGCCAGCGAUAUCUGGGCUUUUGGCUCCAUGAUGAUUGCUCUCCUCCAUGGUGGCGACUACAACCCCUUCCGCCCCACCAACGCUCGAUACCACGACCGCAGCUACGUCUUUGAGGUCCUCCGCCAGCAGUCGCGUCGUUUUGGUGCUAUCCCCGAGACCUACCUUGAGCGUGCUCGCCCUGGCAAGGCCAUGGCCGCCAAGGCGCUGACCGUCGGACGCAAGGUCGAGCCCCUUGAUUUCCGCACCGCUUCCCACUUCAUCAACCGCAUCAUGCGUAUGGAUGCUGCUGAGCGCCCGUCGGCUGACCAGCUUCUCGAAGAGAUGUCUGGCCUGUUUGAGGACUGA